CUACAGGAGAUGUCGGGAUACAGGUUACGGUAUGUCUCCUGGUCACGGUGAUGCUGCAAAUAACGCACAACGUAUGUGGAGGAAAAUUGUGCAUGUCCCUUUAAGAAGAAAGCGUCCUACUGGUGGAAUGUCUCCUACUGCAAACUUCUCCGGGAAGAUUAGAUCUGUGCAGGUUUCCACAUCAUUAUGAGGGUCCUAAUGUCCGUCGGGGUCUUGUUGGGAGUCGUCGGUCUCCUGCACACAGUCUCGGGGUUCCCUUUCAUCCUCACCCAGCUCAGCACCCGCAAAAGCAGCUGCAAGCCGAUCCCCAGCAGUAUGUCGCUUUGCCACGGGGUAGGCUACAGCGAGAUGCGUCUGCCCAACCUGCUGGGCCACGACACCAUGAAGGAGGCCCUCCAACAGGCAGGCUCCUGGGUGCCCCUCCUCACCAAGCAGUGCCACGCUGACACCAAGAAGUUCCUUUGCUCCCUCUUUGCCCCGGUAUGCCUCAGUGACCUGGAGGAGGCCAUCUACCCCUGCCGAUCCCUGUGCGAGGAGGUGAGGGACGGCUGCACCCCAGUGAUGGCCGCAUUUGGGUUCCCAUGGCCUGAGAUGUUUAACUGCUCCCAGUUUCCUUUAGGGAAUGAGCUGUGUGUGCCCCCUGCUGGUCAGGAGGACAGGACCCCGGUAGUGAAAGAAGAGCUCCUCUGCCCACCCUGCCACAGCGCCGGUGACACCGAGAAGGAAUUCCUGCAGGAUUUCUGCUCCCGUGAUUUUGCCAUGAAGGUGACAAUCCGCUCGGUGUCCACCAUGGAUGGAGACGUCAUGGUGAUCCCGGAGGUGAGGAGCCGGACGGUGUAUAAGGCCAAAGGAUGGACGGAGGAGGAGCUGAAGAAGACCGUCCUGUGGCUGACCGAUGGAGACAACUGCGUCUGCCAGGACCUGCAGGAGCCCGGGGCCACGCUCCUGGUCAUGGGGCAUCGGGCAGACGACCGGCUCGCCAUCUCCUGGGUCAGGAAGUGGCAGAAGAGCGAUAAGGAAAUGAAGAAGUUCUCCAGGACUGUGAGGAAGCUCCAGUGUUAGAGACGUCCCCCAAGGAGGCCCAUGUCUGGUCUAGAGAGACGACUAUGAUCCGGCAACACCAUGCCACCCCAAUAACGGAUCACAUCGCCCAUCAUGUACCCACUUAUAACUCAUAUUGCCGCCCUAGAGCUCUGCGUGGGUGUGGCCAUUAGGGGGGAGGAGUCUGUAUAUAACCCUGAAGACAUAAAAAAUGCAACAAAAAGCAAAUGCAAAAACAUUUCCCCUUUUACACUUGCUGCUGCCCUCAGGUGGUCACAAUGAGAACCUACAGGUGUCCUCGCUCGGAAUAAAACAAAAAAAAACGAAGGGCCCAAAUCACCAGACUCUUAGGGGGCGGAUAAGUUUAGGGUCAACUUGUAUUAUUUUUAUAUGAUGUAUUAUUUUAUAUUUUUAUGCAUUUAUGGGGAACAUAAGAAGAUUUUAGAUUUUACCUUUAAAAAAAGGAUUAAAGGGGUACUCCACUGCUCAGCG